GUUUAUUUCUUUUAUCAUUGUGUCUUUUGGGACUGGAUUGUUAAAAUCGGUCCAAAUCUUCCCUGCAAUUCUGUAUGACUAAUUCAUUGAACUAGGAAAAUAACUUUUCCAUGCCAAAAAAGAUCUGAAUCGGUAAAAGUUUUACAAACAUUGAAAUAAUUCCCACUGCUCAUGACCUCAUACAAAUUUCGAGAGUAGCAGCUUCCGUUAGGUUUGAAAUAUUCUUUACAGUUGUUGUCUCGUCGUAGAAUCGCAAUUCGUACGAUCAAAUUAUCGUCAAUAAUUAAUCGUUUUUAUUUUUUGUAGUUGCACAAUUUGUGCAAGUUAGCCAUUAUCUUUCAGGUAAUUAAUUUUCAUUAAGUACCUGAUGUCACUUGAAACAUGAUCGGUAAUUAUCAAUUAAAUAAGUUCAUUGAAAUAGCUAUAUAGUAAUUAAAAAAUAAUCAUUAAUAAUAAUUUAUACGAGUAUAGAAAGAAAUUGAGAUACCGGGUAAAUUUGAAGACGUAUAAAAACAACCUUAUUGCUCGAAAUAGAUCGCGUAGGAAAUUUUUACACACAAAAUAUGUGAAUAUGUAAACAAGAACUUACAAACCAGCAUACAUUUGAAUGAAUGCUCGUGUGACUUUCGCUAUCAGUACGGAGCGUAAUAGAAUGUCUGCUCUCUCGGGAAUAAUAAAUAAUAAUAAAUAGGUUAAUGAAAACAAAACGUACAUACAUACAUACCUGCUUAUGGCAAGAGCCAGACUAACGUUUGUGCAGAUCACUCUAACUAUAUAUUUACAUAUAUAUAUAUAUAUAUAUUUACAUAAAAACCAAUACAAAUUUAAAUCACGAACGCAUAUUUUGUAUAAUUUUGCGGGAAGAGCAAUUCAGUGGGUUUUGUGGUCUGUGAUUGAGUAGACAGCGGGGACAACGCAUCCCAGAAGACGACAGCUAUGCCAUUUUUACUUAUUUGGCUUCACUAAAAGCACACUUGCCGGCGUUUUUUUUUAACACGUUUUGCCAUAUUCUACUAGAAAUAAAUUGAUUUUCAUUAGAUACACAUACAUAAUAUACAGUUACUCGGUAUACAAUUUCUCGGCAAAUUCCUUAAAAGUCAACAAUAGUUGUAUAACAUUGCUGAUAUAGUGAUUAUAUAGUGUGUGAAUACGCGAAAACGGAAAACAGUUGCACAAAAAUGGCCAAAUCGAUGUUAUUGAUUUAUUUAUUGCUGGCUCUUGCAGUCUCUCCAACAAAAAUCGUUGCUGGCGGUCGCAUACUCGGCAUAUUUCCCCACUUUGGCUACAGUCAUUUUAAGGUAUUUUUUCCCCUAUUGCGCACAUUGGCGGAGCAUGGUCAUCAUGUCACCGUGGUCACACAUAUUCAAGCGCCCGAUAAUACCACCAACAACUAUGAAGAAUUAUUGUUAGCAGGUGAAAAAACCAGAAAUAUGGUCACUUUCAAUGACGUUCUACCGCGUCGUCCGUUACACUAUCUUUUAUUGGAAGCAGAUUUAUUACAUAAAGAGGGACAAAAAGCCUGCAAACGGUUCUAUGAGAGCGGUCAUAUUGAAACGAUACUUAAAAAACACGAGCAACAACCAUUCGAUUUGGUUAUUACCGAGUUCUUUAAUACGGAUUGCCAGUUGGGCAUACCAUAUCUGCUGGAAGUACCAAUAGUGGGUUUAAGUAGUUGCUUAUUAAUGCCUUAUUUCUACAAUCGUAUUGCCUUGCCUGAUUUCCCCUCUCAUGUACAAUCUGAAUUUGUCGGCUUCCCGGAAGAAUUGAACUGGCAUGAACGUCUACUGAAUUUCGUACAAGCGAAUGUAAUCAAGAAUCUUUAUCGUUAUCGCACAAAUUAUUAUGAUCGCAAAGUGAUCAACAAAUAUCUAAAUGUGGAUUUCGAUGUUGAUGAUUAUGCCAAACGAAGCACCAGCUUCGUUUUGGUCAAUCAACAUUACACGCUACACGGUAAUAAACCAUUAACUUCACAAUUAAUCGAAAUGGGUGGUAUACAUAUCGAUGAGACAGCACUAAAUGCGCGAUUACCUGAUGAAAUUGAGAAAUUCUUAAAAAAUGCACCAGCCGAAGGUGUGCUCUUCUUUAGCUGGGGUUCUAUGGUACGUUCGUCUAGCAUGCCCAGUGAGAAAGUGCAAACAAUAGUCAAAGUGCUCGAACAACAGCCUUUCAAUGUGAUUUGGAAAUGGGAGACUGAUGAAGUGCCAACGAAAAGUAAGAAGUUCCUCUUCGUAAAAUGGGCGCCACAAUUUAGUUUGAUCUGUCAUCCCAAGGUGAAAUUAUUUUGGGGGCAUGGUGGUCUACUCGGCACCACUGAGAAUAUAUACUGUGGCAAACCGCUAAUUGUCACACCACUCUACGGUGAUCAAAGCGUUAACGCAUACGCGGUACAAAAUCGUGGUGUAGGCUCUAUACUCUCCUUCGACGAUAUUAAUGAAAAGAACUUAAAAGCGACGCUUAAAGAGAUGCGCCGCAAGAGUUAUGCUGAGAAUGCUGCCGCGCUUUCGCAUUUAUUCCGCAAUCAAAACAUGAAACCGCUGGACAGAGCCGUGUGGUGGGUGGAACAUUUGUUGCAGGAGAACGGCAAAAUGGCGCAUAAAUUGCUGCAGACAAAGGCGGUAAAACUAAAUUGGUUCGUCUAUUACUCACUGGACAGUGUGUCAAUUAUUGUGAUCGGUCUCGCGUUGCUCAUCUUCAUUAUACGUGCGCUUUUGCAACGUUUGUGCGGCCUUUUCAAAGGCGGCAAACAAAGUGGCAAAGUGAAAACGAAAUAAUUGUACUAAAUAUAAAUAUUAUUGAAUAAUAAAAAUUUUGCUUUAGUUUAACUUAGAA